AUGAACAACAGGUCUUUGUUGUGCCUUUGUUUUUCCCCGUUUUAUUCAAGAAAAGCUACGCUGUUGUAUUUGAAGCCGAUAUAAAAUAAGGUGUUUGAUCUAUUCAAUAAUUUCGCUAUAAUCAAUUCACCAGUUGCAUUGGUUUUAUCGGAAAAGAAACUUAUAAACCUCCCACCCACUCGUACAGUCACAAGGAUUUUUCCCUUCCAGUCGCUUUCGCUUCCCUCUCCCUAGCGUGGUACAGAGAUUUUCUUUCCAGCUCGAUAGUUCCCACGAAUCCUAGCGAAAAUGGCCACAACGGAACUGAAGCAGUACAGCUUGGCGGAGGUGGCCCAACACAACAAACCGACCGAUCUGUGGAUGGUCAUUCACGAGAAGGUGUACGAUGUGACCAAAUUUCUGCACGAGCAUCCCGGUGGUGAGGAGGUGCUGAUCGAAUUUGCUGGCAAGGAGGCGACGGCCGAAUUUGAUGACGUUGGACACAGUACGGAUGCCAAAGAACAGAUGAAGCAAUUUCUUGUCGGCGAACUUAUCGAAGCGGAUCGGAAAAAGAAACCUAGCGCCGGCUUUACGUUAAAUCAACGAACGGCACUGAUCGCCGGUUCGGCCGCGGCCAUCGGUGCUGGUUUGGCGUUGAUCUUUAAAGCCAGCAGUAGAAAAUAGACGACGGAUGGUUCGUACACGAUUUCUCACCAACUGUUCCUCGGCUAUGUUACCACGGGAGUCGAUCGAUUGCAACAUUCCUUCAAAACGGCAGUACGAUCUUGUAGGGUGAAGGAAUCUUCACGAUCAACUAACACGAAGAGAGAGGGAGAGCUUGCAGACAGUUAAUCACGAUAAUUCGUAAACGCGUUAGUUUAGUAUGUUUUUACUUGUAGGCCAAUCUUCAAGGCUUUGCGAACGACACACUGAUCCAUGUGGGCCGGUAUACGCGUUCGCGUUUGAGAACAAUAAAAUUGUACUACGUUCUGUAGAGAUAAGUGCAGCUUAGCGAAAUAAAUACAAAUGAU